AGCGACACACGCGAGAGUACCACCUUGACUACACCCUCGUCCUUCUCAUGCCACUGCAGCACUCCAGAUGCGAGGAUGCCUGCAGUUAGCCAGAUGGCUGAGCGCGGUGCCCAAACGCCCGGCUGCAAGCCCUCUCACCGCGCCAUCCGCCCGAUUUAAUUGCCUUCGCUCCUUUACCAGCUCUGCGGUCUACCAGUCGGCGCGAUCAAGAGCUGCCGCUGCCAAACCCGUUUCCGACCUCGAACAGAGAAUCGCUGCAAUCCCGAUCGACCGAUACCGCAACUUUUGUAUCGUUGCCCACGUCGACCAUGGAAAGAGCACGCUGUCCGACCGAAUGCUGGAACUCACGGGGACCAUUCAACCUGGGACGAACAAGCAAGUGUUGGAUAAGCUGGACGUUGAGCGAGAACGUGGAAUUACCGUGAAGGCGCAGACAUGCACCAUGAUCUACAACCACAAUGGAGAGGACUACCUGUUGCACCUUGUCGAUACACCGGGACACGUCGACUUCCGCGCGGAGGUUUCGCGGAGUUACGCAAGUUGUGGUGGGGCCUUGCUCCUGGUUGAUGCAAGUCAGGGUAUCCAGGCGCAGACCGUUGCGAACUUCUAUCUUGCUUUUGCGCAGGGAUUGGAGUUGAUUCCCGUUAUUAACAAGGUGGACUUGCCGUCUGCGGAACCGGAACGGGCGCUCGACCAAAUGAGACAGUCCUUCGAAAUUGACACGGAUAAAGCCAUUGGGGUUUCGGCCAAGACUGGUCUGAAUGUUGAAAAGCUGCUUCCGACAGUGGUGGAGAAGAUUCCAGCGCCGGUUGGUGACUUCAAGAAACCCCUACGAAUGCUUCUGGUCGAUUCCUGGUACGAUUCCUACAAGGGUGUCAUUUGUCUGGUCCGUGUGUUCGAUGGCGAGAUUCGAGCUGGAGAUCAGCUGGUCUCUUUUGCAACUGGGAUCAAAUACUUUGUGGGCGAGGUGGGAAUCAUGUAUCCGAUCGAGACUGCGCAGACUGUUCUUCGUGCCGGCCAAGUGGGGUACAUUUUCUUCAACCCCGGUAUGAAACGCAGCAAAGAAGCCAAGAUUGGAGACACGUACACCAAGGUCGGGUCCGAGAAGGCCGUGGAGCCGCUUCCUGGUUUCGAGGAACCGAAGGCGAUGGUUUUCGUUGCCGCAUACCCUAUUGAUGCGGAUCAUUUUGAGCAUCUGGAGGACAGUAUCAACCAGCUCAUGCUCAAUGACAGAAGUAUCACGGUGGAAAAGGAGUCUUCCGAAGCCCUCGGAGCGGGUUUCCGACUGGGCUUCUUAGGAACCUUGCAUUGCUCGGUGUUCGAGGAUCGCCUUCGUCAGGAGCAUGGUGCUAGCAUCAUCAUCACCCCUCCAUCUGUGCCCAUGAGAGUGAUCUGGAAGGACGGCAAGGAAGAGACCAUCACCAGCCCGAAUCGUUUCCCUGAUGGGGAAGAUGUGCGCCCCAAAAUCGCUGAGAUCCAAGAGCCAUACGUCCUAGCAACUUUGACCUUCCCGGACGAAUAUCUUGGGAAGGUGAUUGAGCUGUGCGAGGCCAACCGAGGCGUGCAGAAGAGUAUCGAAUACUUUACGGCCACCCAGGUCAUUCUCAAGUACGACAUUCCUUUGGCACAGCUGGUUGAUGACUUCUUUGGAAAGUUGAAGGGUUCUACCAAGGGCUACGCCUCGCUCGACUACGAGGAGUCUGCUUGGCAACCCAGCAACAUUGUCAAGCUCCAGCUUUUGGUCAACAAGGCCCCGGUCGAUGCGGUUGCACGGAUUGUUCACAGCAGUCAAGUGGAGCGGCUUGGAAGGCAAUGGGUGACCAAGUUCAAGCAGCACGUUGACCGACAGCUGUUCGAGGUCAUCAUCCAAGCAGCCGUUGGGCGCAAGGUUGUGGCGCGUGAGACCGUCAAGCCGUACCGCAAAGACGUUCUUGCCAAGCUCCACGCGAGUGAUAGGCUGGAAAAGUUGUAUACAAUACCAAUGGCCUUAACACCUGAGGCUAUCCAUUGCCCUUUGACGGCGGCGAUGCAACCUCCGGAAGGUGUGCAGGUCGACCUGGGCAAGGCCCAGGUCAUCGACCGUGUUCCGAAAGUGAUUAAAGAACUCAAAUUCGGUGUGCUAUCCAACGAUGACAUUGUCAGCCAAGGUGUGGUAGAAGUCUCCGACCGGAAGUUUUUCGACCUCGACCAUGACCGAUCGGUGAUUCCUCAUGGACCCCUCGACUCGCGCAUGGGUAUUUCCAGCAAGAGUGCAACAUGUCAGACUUGCGGCGGUGCCCUCCAGGUCUGCAACGGACAUUUCGGCCAUGUCAGGCUCGUCUUGCCGGCCUUCCAUGUCGGAUACUUCAAGCGAGUGAUUACGAUUCUACAAGAGAUUUGCAAAGAAUGUUCGCACAUUUUGCUGCCCGAAAGCGAGCGCCGUACCUUCCUCCGAGAAAUGCGUCGGCCGAACCUUGAUAAUUUGCGACGAUUGCAGAUCGCGAAACGGGUGAACGAGCGCUGCCGCAAGACCCGAAACUGCGACUCCUGCGGCGCUGUCAACGGUGUCGUCAAAAAGGCGGGAAACAGCGCGCUGAAAAUUUCGCACGACAAAUUCCGAGCCUUCAAUGCCUCCGCGUCGGUAAAGAAAAUUCCACCUCCCAGCAAGAUUGUGUUCGAUCGGUCGUUCGAGGAAGCUAGGGGUCAUAAUGCCGAGGUUGAGAAGCACUACAAGAAGGCCCAGGACGAUUUGAAUGCGCUCCGUGUCUUGAACCUAUUCAAGAAAAUCUCGGACUCGGACUGUGAACUCCUGGGAUUGAACCCGAAAGAAGCAAGGCCGGAAAUGUUCCUUUGGCAGUUCAUUCCCGCGCCUCCGGUGUGCAUUCGCCCUUCCGUCGGUCAAGACGCCGCCUCCACGGAAGAUGAUUUGACUGCGAAGUUGGGUGAUAUCAUUCAGAGCAACAUCAACCUGAAGAACUCCUUGCUGAAGGGUGCACCGGUGCAGACUAUAAUGGAAUGCUGGGACUACAUGCAAUUGCAGAUCGCUGUUUACAUUAACAGCGAUGUUCCUGGUCUUAACAAGGCGGACUUGGGCAAGCCUAUUCGAGGUUUUGUACAGCGACUCAAGGGAAAACAGGGACGAUUCCGUGGUAACCUGUCUGGAAAGCGUGUCGACUUUUCGGGUCGUACUGUCAUUUCGCCCGAUCCCAACCUCCGAGUGGAUGAAGUCGCCGUUCCCAUCCUAGUGGCAAAGAACAUGACCUAUCCUGAGGUUGUCACUCGAUACAACAAGGAGAAGCUGCAAAAGGUGGUACGAAACGGUACAAAGAAAUGGCCUGGAGCAAACUAUAUCACGAAGAAGGGAUCGACCUUCAAGCUCUUCCUGAAGUAUGGUAAUCUCAACAUGAUCGCCGAUCAACUGCAGGAAGGAGACGUUAUCGAACGUCAUCUUGAGGAUGGUGAUAUUGUCCUCUUCAAUCGACAACCCUCUCUCCACAAACUGAGUAUUCUCUCUCAUUUUGCCAAAAUCCGCCCGCAUCGAACCUUCCGACUCAACGAGUGUGCCUGUAACCCGUACAACGCCGAUUUCGAUGGUGACGAAAUGAAUUUGCACGUUCCUCAGACGGAAGAAGCUAGAGCUGAGGCAAUGGAACUGAUGGGUGUGAAGAACAACCUGGCAACUCCGAAGAACGGAGAACCGAUUAUUUCUGCCAUUCAGGAUUUCAUCAGUGCGGCCUUCCUCAUGAGUAACAAGGACAACUUUUUCGAUCGACGCUCCUUCACGCAGCUGUGUCUUUACAUGCUUGGACCCGAAACUCGCUUUGAUCUUCCUCCUCCUUCUGUGCUGAAACCCCAGAUGCUCUGGACUGGAAAGCAAGUUUUCAACAUCCUUAUGCACCCCAAUAAGGAUGACCCCGUCUUGGUCAACCUGGACGCAGCAUGCAAGCAGUUCAAGGUGCCCAAGGAUGGCAGUCCUCGGGACUUGGACGAAAAAGACAGCUGGCUCGUUGUCCGUAACUCGGAAGUUAUGUGCGGUGUGAUGGAUAAAUCGACAGUUGGAUCCGGAAAGAAGGACAACAUCUUUUACGUCAUGUUACGUGAUUUCGGCCCUGCCGCAGCCGCCGAGGGUAUGAACCGACUGUCGCGACUAUCUGCACGCUGGUUCUCCAACAUGGGUUUCUCGAUUGGUAUCACGGAUGUUUACCCUAGCGAACAGCUUGUGCAGUCGAAGCAGGAUCUGGUCGAAACUGCGUACGCGCAGUGUGAUGAAGUCAUUGCCAAGUACAAGGCAGGCACUUUGGAGAAGUAUCCAGGUUGCGACGAAUUGCAAACCAUGGAGAACCAGCUUUCUGGUAUUCUCAGUAAGGUUCGUCAGCAGGCAGGAGACGAAUGUAUUGCUCAACUGAGCAAGUACAAUUCUCCCUUGAUCAUGGCUACGUCUGGAUCCAAGGGUUCCAGUAUCAACGUGUCACAGAUGGUUGCUCUGGUCGGUCAGCAGAUUAUUGGUGGUCAGCGUGUGCAAGACGGUUUCCAGGACCGGACUCUGCCCCAUUUCCCGAAGAAUGCUCGCCAGCCCCCAUCGAAGGGAUUCGUCCGAAACAGUUUCUUCUCCGGACUCGAACCGACGGAAUUCAUUUUCCACGCCAUGUCCGGUCGUGAAGGUCUGGUCGAUACUGCUGUCAAGACUGCCGAAACCGGUUACAUGUCGCGUCGUUUGAUGAAGUCGUUGGAAGAUCUUUCUACCAUGUACGAUGAUACUGUCCGGAAUUCGUCCGCGGCUAUCGUCCAGUUCCAGUACGGAGAUGAUAAACUUGAUCCUGUGGAUAUGGAAGGUAAAGCCAAGCCCGUCCACUUCGAUCGGACUUUCACCCACUCUGAGUCUACGACAUACGACAAUGAUGAGCGCAGUCUCCAGCCUGCCGAAAUCAUGGAAGUUUGCGAAGAAAUGCUGUCCAAGGAGCGCGCCAAAUUGGUCCGAAAAGACCUUAUGGGUACUGAGCUUGGCUACAUGGAUCGGUCAGACCAUGGAAUCGACCAGUUUGAGAGUGCCCGUGACUUCCUUGACUCCAUCCAGCAUUAUGUAUCCACAAAGGUAGACAAGCUUGUCUCGCGCGGUGGAGACUUUGACCCUAAUGAUGUAAGGAGUCAAAAGGGACUGAACCAUACUGGAAAAUUGACCGAAACGACUCUCCGGGCUUUCAUCUUGGCUUGUUUGACGAAGUAUAAGAAGGCCCAAGUUGAGUCUGGCCAUGCCGUUGGUGCAGUUGGUGCUCAGUCCAUCGGUGAACCCGGAACUCAGAUGACCCUGAAGACUUUCCAUUUUGCUGGUGUCGCUGGUAUGAGUAUCACUCAGGGUGUUCCCCGUAUUAAAGAAAUUAUCAACGCCUCCAAGGAGAUCAGUACGCCUGUCGUUGCUUGCGAACUUGUCACCAACGACAAUAUCAUCGCUGCACGAAUUGUCAAGGGCCGUAUCGAGAAGACCUAUCUUCGGGAUAUCAUUCAUUAUGUCCGAGAGACAUGGACCGGAAAGGAGGCAUACAUUACCGUCAAAAUCAACUGGAAGACCAUUCAGGACUUGGCGCUGGAGCUUAACAUCAGAACCAUUUUUGGCGCCAUCAAGAACCACAGGCGUUUCAAGGCUGAUGACCUCAAAUUCCGAUGCUCGCGGUCGCAUAUCCACAUCCACAUGGACCUAGAUCCCGCCAGCAAAGCGGGUCUCUCCAAGACGGAAAUCGCUUCCACCAGCGCCGAUCCCUUCCUUCGUCUCAAGCAUCUCAAGCGCAUGCUCCCUGAGAUCCAGGUUCUCGGUCACCCGCAGGCUUUCCGUGCAAUCAUCCGAACCGAUGAAACCUCCACCAAGAACACCCUCCUUGUGGAAGGUUACGGUCUCAGAGAAUGCAUGACCACCCUCGGUGUCGACGGCCUCCGCACCUCCACCAACAACGUCAUGGAAGCCCGCGACGUGCUCGGUAUCGAAGCCGCCCGAUCCACCAUCGUCCAAGAAAUCAGCGAGGUCAUGAAAGACAUGGACAUCGAUCCUCGUCACAUGCAGCUCCUCGCCGACGUCAUGACCUACAAGGGUGAAGUCCUGGGUAUCACCCGAUUCGGUCUUGCCAAGAUGCGUGACUCCGUCCUCCAGCUCGCCUCGUUCGAGAAAACCGCCGACCACCUCUUCGACGCCGGCGGUGCCGGCCGCACCGAUCUCAUCGAGGGUGUCUCCGAAUGUAUCAUUAUGGGCAAGACCAUGUCCAUCGGUACCGGAGCCAUGGAAGUCGUCCGCAAGAUGAACUUCUUCGAGGGUCAAAUCGGCGCCAAGAAGACGACCUUCGAAGAUGCCUGGGCCAGCACCGAGGCUCCCCUCGAGGCAACCAGGAAGAGAAAGGCUCGUGCUUGAACAUAACUCACCAUACCGUACCAUAUAUCUUGGGAAACAUGGAUACAUCCAUCUUGGUGGCUAUUUGAUAUUAUAUCUUCCCGCAGUGAAAAGUGACAAAAGUUCGCAUAAUCAGGCGUUGGAAACUGUUUGGGUCCGUUGACAAGUUUUUUUGUCUUCUUUUUUUCUUUGUACUACUUUUUGUCCCCAUGAACUGCUUUUUGCGCGCAUUAGCGAUACUGAAGGUAGUGUGGAUUGAUAUGGAUAGAAAAACAUAUCAUCCUUGUACUAUUGAUUAUGUGUUAGUUUUAACAAUGAAUUCGACGAUGAUAG